AUGCCAAAGUGGCCUGGUCCUGAUCCUGAAAUUCACCACUUUCUUCGCAUACUUCCAAAUCAAUAUAGUGGACAUCCUUUAGGUCCACUUUGGCAAGCUUUUGAUCUCAUUAAAUUUGAUAAAAAAACUAAAAUUAUUUGCAUUUUUUAUAAGAAUGACAAUCCUAUUUCUGGAACUACUACU